CUCCCAUGACCGCUCUUAUAUACUAAGGUCAGAGGCUGUUGUUCGGCUAAGUCGAAUAUCGCCACCUGGUACAAUCAGCUGAUGCGGAAAAUAUCAAGAUUGUACUAUUUUCCGGGAUAUUAUCAAUGACAGAGUGGAGUUCAGUGCCACCGAAGUCGUGGCUGCAUCUCUACAACGCUGUCAGUUGGAGCUCAUAGGCUUGUCAGGGCGUUUUCUUCGUAAAUCGUGACUAUGUUUGGUGUACAUCUGGCAAAAUGUUUACAGUUGCGAAGCUAGGUGAUCUCAAGCAAGUCUACUGCAUGACAGUGUCAACUUCUCGUUCAAAAAUAUUAUGCAAACGUUAAGUUAGUGAAAAAGAUGAUAUUAUUUCAGUUCGCUUCGAAAGUCAAUAGGAUUUAGAACGUUUUUGUGCGCGUGAAAGUCUGCGGAAGUGAAGAUGUAUCCCGUAUAUUACGACUCCGCCCCACGGAGGGAUUUCAUCUCUGUGAUGGUCAGCAAAGAGCCGCCAGAGCCCCCGAGCAAGAGGAGACAGUCCUGCAGACGGAUGUGGAACCGAUUGUCUCGACUCCAGCGCACCAUCAUCUGUGCCAUCCUAGUGGUGGGAGCGAUGUCAGGACUCUACAUAGCCAAUGGGCUCAUGAAUGAAUUACCAGAUGACAAAGAUACCUUAUCACAACGACAUCAAGUCUUUCCAAACGACAAUAUUGUUCAUGUCAUGGACCAACGACAUCCAGGCAAAGACACAGAAGCAAAUCAACGACGAGACAGUAACAAUGAUAAAGAUGGGGAGGAUCAAAAGUUGCAUUUUGAACAGGAGAGAGGGAAAGGAAUUAUGGAAAGGGAGGAAAAAACAAAAGUUAAACCAAAGAUUGCUGAUGCUGUCAUGCAGCCUGAGGUUAAAGUUCAGAAGGAGAACGUUAUGGGUAACCAGGAAGAGGAUGAAGGGAUAGGGGCAGCAGGGGGGAACCUGGAGGUAAAUGAGGAAAAGAAAACAAAAGUGCAAAUCAAAGAUGGAGCCGAUGCUGGAGGAGAUGUACAGGUGCCUGUACCCAACAUGGAAGGUGGCAUGGCUGCACAGACUGCCCAGCAGAAGGCAGUAGUGGAGGCGUUUAAACAUGCCUGGAAGGGGUACAAGCAGUAUGCCUGGGGUCAUGACGAGCUCAAGCCUAUCAGUAAGGCUGCCAGUGAUUGGUUCGGGCUGGGACUAACCAUCGUGGAUUCACUGGACACCAUGUGGAUCAUGGGAUUGAUGGAAGAGUUUGAGGAGGCUCGGCGGUGGGUAGAGAAGGACCUGGUCCUGAAAAAGAAUGUGGACGUGAACCUGUUUGAGACGACGAUCCGCGUACUCGGGGGACUACUCAGCGCCUUCCACCUGUCCAAUGAUGGACUGUUUCUAGAAAAAGCUAGAGAGUUGGGGGACCGUCUGAUGCCGUGUUUCAACUCUCCGUCCAAAAUCCCGUACUCUGAUGUGAACCUUGACACGGGGAAGGCCCACCCGCCGCGCUGGGGUCCCGACAGCACCACUAGUGAGGUCACCUCCAUCCAGCUGGAGUUCAGGGAACUCAGUCACCAGACUGGCAAUGACAAAUACAAGAAAGCUGUAGAUGAAGUAAUGGACCAUAUCCAGUCCCUACCCAAGGAGAAUGGACUCAUCCCCAUAUUUGUCAAUGCCCGCUCUGGGCAGUUCCGGGCAGGAGCUACUAUCACGGUUGGAGCCAGGGACAGCUACUAUGAGUACCUCUUGAAGCAGUGGCUGCAAACUGGAAAAUCAGAAGACAAACUGAGAGAUGAAUAUGUGGCAGCUAUAGAAGGCAUGCAGAAAAACCUUGUGAGGAGCACUGCUGCGAAUGGACUCAAGUUUAUAGGGGAACUGGUCAGGGGAUCCUUCUCUCCAAAGAUGGACCAUCUUGUGUGCUUCUUACCGGGAACCUUGGCAAUCGGUCACCACAACGGACUGGACCCCUCCCACCUGGAGCUGGCCAAGGAGCUGGCCAAAACGUGUUACCAGAUGUACGCAGACAUGCCCACGGGACUGAGCCCUGAGAUAGCCUACUUCAACAUCCAGAACCCAGGCAAACCUGACAUUGAAGUCAAGAAUGCAGACACUCACAACCUGUUGAGACCAGAGACAGUGGAGAGCCUGUUCUACCUCUACAGGCUGACAGGAGACCAACAGUACCGAGACUGGGGCUGGAAGAUCUUCCAAGCCUUCGAGAAGUACACCAAGGUUCCAGGAGGAGGAUAUUCCUCUAUAGGCUCUGUCAAAGACACCAAGAACCCAAGAUUCCGUGACAAGAUGGAGAGCUUCUUCUUAGGAGAGACAUUAAAGUAUCUAUUCCUGUUGUUCAGUGAUGAUCCGAACUUGUUAUCACUGGACAAGUAUGUGUUUAACACUGAGGCUCACCCGCUGCCAAUAUGGAGACCCUGAGGAAGGCUGAAGUGCAAGCUACUUUCUUUUCAUUUCCCACUGAUACACGGAUAUGAUUAUGUCCUACCCACCUGGGAUUUUAUGGAUGAACCUUCAGCUUUUUGCCAUCUCAGAUUAUUAGGUCACCAUUGUGGCAUCCAGUGGACCAGUUAAUUCAGAAACAUUUUGUAUUGUCCAGCUGUCGUUUUUGCCCGUCCACUUUUAUAUACAUGAUGCAUCCAAAGCACCUGUGUGCUUCUAGAAAAUGGCAUACAUUUGUUGUCCACAAUGUGUGAUAACAUUUUUGAGGAAAUGAUAGAAGAGAAAAAGCUCAGGUACAAAUAAGUGUUAUACAGAGUAUCAUGAGUUAAGAUAUGCUUCUCUACAGUGUGUUGUUACAUGUGUUAAGAGUCUUGUGAGGCUGGUGUCAAGGUAUGCUGCUAUACUGUUUGUCUGCAAGACAGAAUUUCCUUAGCUUUGAUUUCCCCAGUUGUAGAUGUUGUCAAUUGAUUCUUUUUAGUUAAAUGUGAAUGUUGUCAUUUUUGGACCAUGUAGGAUGUUGGUGCAUGAUGUUUAGGAUCCUGGUUUUGGUCUAUUCAUCAUGACU